AUGAAUCAAAAGCUCGUUGUGCUCUGCCUGCUGCUGAUCGUCCAAUGUGGCGUCGUGGCUGCUCGCGACUCGUGGUCGUGCUCGUCGAUGGGCUCGAGCCCCAACUGGUCGAAGGUCAAGUGCUAUGCUGCUUGCCAGGCUGCGAACUGCCAGACCGGUGAAUGCGUGCAUAGAGGAGGACGCCCGACCUGCGCGUGCAGCUGCAAGCAUGGAUCGAUGUGGGCCGACAUCUUCGGU